AUGGGGCGGGUUCUCCCGGAGAAGCCCCGGGACACGGGGCUGCGGAGUCCUGUGGGCGCCCAGGCAGCCAUCGUCUUCAUCAAGGAGCCGACCUCCCAGGAUGCCCUGCAGGGGCGCCGGGCGCUGCUCCGCUGUGAGGUCGAGGCCUCAGGCUCGGUGCACGUGUACUGGCUGCUGGACGGGGCCCCUGUCCAGGACACCGAGCGGCGUUUCGCCCAGGGCAGCAGCCUGAGCUUCGCGGCUGUGGACCGGCUGCAGGACUCAGGAGCCUUCCAGUGCGUGGCUCGGGACAAGGCCACUGGAGAGGAGGCCCGCAGUGCCAACGCCUCCUUCAACAUCAAAUGGAUUGAGACCGGCCCUGUGGUCCUGAAGCACCCGGCCUCGGAAGCUGAGAUCCAGCCCCAGACCCAGGUCACUCUGCGCUGUCACAUUGACGGGCACCCCCGGCCCACCUACCAGUGGUUCCGGGAUGGGAGCCCCCUCUCCGAGGGUCAGAGCAACCACACGGUCAGCAGCAAGGAGCGGAACCUGAGCCUCCGGCCGGCCGGCCCUGAGCACAGUGGCGUCUACUCCUGCUGCGCCCACAAUGCCUUUGGCCAGACCUGCAGCAGCCAGAACUUUACCUUGAGCAUUGCUGAUGAGAGCUUUGCCAGGGUGGUGCUGGCGCCCGAGGACGUGGUAGUGGCGAGGAACGAGGAGGCAAUGUUCCACUGUCAGUUCUCAGCCGAGCCACCCCCGAGCCUGCAGUGGGUCUUUGAGGAUGACACUCCCAUCACUAACCGCAGCCGCCCCCCACACCUCCGCAGAGCCACGGUGUUUGCCAACGGGUCCCUGCUGCUGACCCAGGUCCGGCCGCGCAAUGCCGGGGUGUACCGCUGCAUAGGCCAGGGCCAGAGGGGCCCGCCCGUCGUCCUGGAGGCCUCACUGCACCUGGCAGAAAUUGAAGACAUGCCUCCAUUUGAACCCCGGGUGUUCACAGCGGGCAGCGAGGAGCGUGUGGCCUGCCUGCCCCCCCAGGGUCUGCCGGAGCCCAGCAUGUGGUGGGAGCACGCAGGAGUCCGGCUGCCCACGCACGGCAGAGUCUACCAGAAGGGCCGCGAGCUGGUGUUCGCCAGUAUCGCCGAGAGUGAUGCCGGUGUCUACACCUGCCACGCAGCCAACCUGGCUGGUCAGCGGCGACAGGAUGUCAACAUCACCGUGGCCACUGUGCCCACGUGGCUGAAGAAGCCCGAGGACAGCCAGCUGGAGGAGGGCAAGCCGGGCUACUUGCAUUGCCUGACGCAGGCCACACCGAAGCCCACAGUCAUCUGGUACAGAAACCAGAUGCUCAUCUCGGAGGACUCUCGGUUCGAGGUCUCCAAGAACGGGACCCUGCGCAUCAACAGCGUGGAGGUGUACGACGGGACCUGGUACCGCUGCGUGAGCAGCACCCCAGCCGGCAGCAUUGAGGCCCAAGCCCGUGUGCAAGUGCUGGAAAAGCUCAAGUUCACACCACCGCCCCGGCCGCAGCAGUGCAUGGAGUUUGACAAGGAGGCCACGGUGCCCUGCUCAGCCACAGGCAGAGAGAAGCCCACGAUUAAGUGGGUACGAGCAGAUGGGAGCAGCCUCCCAGAGUGGGUGACCGACAACGCUGGGACGCUGCACUUCUCCAGGGUGACCCGCGAUGAUGCCGGCAACUACACUUGUAUUGCCUCCAACGGGCUGCAGGGCCAGAUCCGUGCCCACGUGCAGCUUACCGUGGCAGUUUUCAUCACCUUCAAGGUCGAGCCGGAGCGCACAACCGUGUACCAGGGCCACACGGCUCUGCUGCGGUGCGAGGCCCAGGGGGACCCCAAGCCGCUCAUCCAGUGGAAGGGCAAAGACCGCAUCCUGGACCCGACCAAGCUGGGACCUCGGAUGCACAUCUUCCAGAACGGCCACCCUGCACAGACCUCUCUGUGUGUCUCUCAAGACAAGCCCCCGCAGGAGGAGUCCGAGGGCCCGGGCAGCCCUCCCCCCUACAAGAUGAUCCAGACCAUCGGGCUGUCGGUGGGCGCCGCCGUGGCCUACAUCAUUGCCGUCCUGGGCCUCAUGUUCUACUGCAAGAAGCGCUGCAAGGCAAAGCGGCUUCAGAAGCAGCCAGAGGGCGAGGAGCCAGAGAUGGAGUGCCUCAAUGGCGGGCCCUUGCAGAACGGGCAGCCCUCAGCGGAGAUCCAGGAGGAAGUGGCUUUGACCAGCUUGGGCUCUGGCCCCGCAGCCACCAACAAACGCCACAGUACGAGCGACAAGAUGCACUUUCCGCGGGCCAGCCUGCAGCCCAUCACCACACUGGGGAAAAGCGAGUUUGGAGAGGUGUUCCUGGCGAAGGCACAGGGCUUGGAGGAGGGGGUGGCAGAGACCCUGGUGCUGGUGAAGAGCCUGCAGAGCCGGGACGAGCAGCAGCAGCUGGACUUCCGGAGGGAGUUCGAGAUGUUUGGGAAGCUGAGCCACGCCAACGUCGUGCGGCUCCUGGGGCUGUGUCGGGAGGCCGAGCCCCACUACAUGGUGCUGGAGUAUGUGGACCUGGGAGACCUCAAACAGUUUCUGAGGAUUUCCAAGAGCAAGGAUGAAAAAUUGAAGUCACAGCCCCUCAGCACUAAGCAGAAGGUGGCCCUGUGCACCCAGGUGGCCCUGGGCAUGGAGCACCUGUCCAACAACCGCUUUGUGCACAAGGACCUGGCCGCUCGGAACUGCCUGGUCAGCGCCCAGAGACAGGUGAAGGUGUCGGCCCUGGGGCUCAGCAAGGACGUGUACAACAGUGAGUACUACCACUUCCGCCAGGCGUGGGUGCCUCUGCGCUGGAUGUCCCCCGAGGCCAUCCUGGAGGGCGACUUCUCCACCAAGUCUGAUGUCUGGGCCUUUGGUGUGCUGAUGUGGGAAGUGUUCACCCAUGGAGAGAUGCCCCAUGGCGGGCAGGCCGACGACGAGGUGCUAGCAGACUUGCAGGCUGGGAAGACCAGACUCCCACAGCCUGAGGGCUGCCCUUCCAAGCUCUACCGGCUGAUGCAGCGCUGCUGGGCCCUCAGCCCCAAGGACAGGCCCUCCUUCAGCGAGAUUGCCAACACCCUGGGAGACAGCCCUGCAGACAGCAAGCCAUGAGGAGGGAGCCCAGGCAGGCUGAGCCUCAGGCUGGCGUGGGCACGGGAGGACCUCCUGACAGGUGCCUGCAGCAUGAUGGGCAAGAUCCCUGUCCUCCUCGGCCCUCCGGGCCCCACCCUGGCCCCACAGGCACUGCUGAGGUUUGGGCUGGGCCUGUGAUUCUCUCCUCUCUCUUACCCUCAGCCCUUUGGGGGGUUGACUCGGACCCGGACUGGUGACUAGGACCUUGGGCUGGGCAGCUUUUUCUGCCACCCCUCCCCCCAUCAGGGGCAGUGUGGGUGCCUCAGGUAACACCAAUUUCUGGCCUGGGUCUCCGCCCCUUGGCCAGGUGCAGUUCCGCCCCUCACCUGCUAACUUUGCCCAGGGCAGGCGAGGCUGCAGAUGAGCCGGGUUGGAGGGGCGUUCCUUAAUAUACUCAAAUUCCUGGGUAGUGCUGGCCCACGGGGCAGAAUAUUUUAUCACCUCGGGGUCUGCGCCAGAAUCGGGGAGGACACAGCCAGUGCGUCCUCCCCACAUGGACUUGUGCACGCUGACCCUGACCUGUGUCUCCUCCCCACCCUUCUCUCCUUUCCUCAUCCUAAGUGCCUGGCAGAUGAAGGAGUUUCAGGAGCUUUUGACAUUAUAUAACCCGCCCUUUUUGUAUGCACCACGGGCGGCUUUUGUAUGUACCGUACUCGCAGCGUAGGGUGGGUGGGCAUGGGAGGGAGGGGUGCGCCUUGGAGGAGAUGGGGACGGGGACCACCCCUGCCUCACACUUUUAUUGUUGUUGUGUGUUUGUUGUUGUUUUUUUACACUCACUGUUCUCAAUAAAGAAGCCUUUUUUACAACCUG